AUCGAGAAUGGGCGUUUGAGGGUGGGGUGACUCAGCCGGAAAAGGAGCAUUUUUAAACACCUAGUAACCUGCGGAACCGAGUUCACUGACACCCAAAUGCCCGGUCCCACCGAAGCCCUUUCCCCAAAUGGAGAGAAUAACAACGACAUCGUCCCGGACAACGGAACCAACAUCAUUCCUUACAGGAAAAAUACAGUGCGAGGAGAGCGCGCCUACAGUUGGGGGAUGGCGGUCAACGUAUAUUCUACCUCAAUAACCCAGGAGACUAUGAGCAGGCAUGACAUCACUGCCUGGGUCAACGAUCUCGUCAGUCUCAACUACACGAAAGUGGAGCAGCUCUCCUCAGGAGCUGCGUAUUGCCAGUUCAUGGAUCUGCUCUUCCCCGGCUGCAUCAGUCUUAAGAAGGUCAAGUUUCAAGCUAAAUUGGAGCACGAGUACAUUCACAAUUUCAAACUGCUGCAGGCCUCCUUCAAACGGAUGAAUGUGGACAAGAUUAUUCCUGUAGAGAAACUGGUCAAAGGCAGAUUUCAGGACAAUCUCGAUUUCAUCCAGUGGUUUAAGAAGUUCUUUGAUGCCAAUUACGACGGUAAAGAGUACGACCCAGUUGCAGCCAGACAGGGUCAGGAUGCCAUUCCCCCACCUGACCCCGGUGAGCAGAUCUUCAACCUGCCAAAGAAGUCCCACCAUGCAGCCAGCUCCCCUACUGCAGGAGCGUCACGGUCGAGCUCUACGACUCCCAAAAUCGCAACCCCGACAUCCAGACCUUCGUCUGCCAAAAAGAUCCCUACAAUUGCGACACCGAUUCCUGCCAAAGGAGAGAAAGAACUGGAAGCACAGGUCACUCAUCUUACCGAGCAGAUGGAGACAUUAAAGUCGGCACUGGAAGGAGUGGAGAAGGAGAGGGACUACUACUUCAGCAAGCUGCGAGAGGUGGAGCUGCUGUGCCAGGACCAGGGGGAGGAAAACGCACCGUUUGUCGAUCAGCUGAUGGAGGUCCUUUACGCUACAGACGAACAGGAGGGAGCAGAGCUGGCUGAGGGCGACGGACAGGAAGUGGACCAGCAGGCCCACGAGGAGGCGCCAAAUGAUCAGCAGGAGGAGCAGGAUGAAUACUGAGCGCCACCAUCCCUCACCACAGCUACGCCCCUCUUUUUUUAAAUAUGUGAGAACUGUUAAAGGAUUUUGAUUCUUUUCUCUUUUUUUCCCUCAUGGUUUUCCUUUUUUUUUUUGUUCUCUCAAAGACUGAGCACAUGAAGCAAACCUCCUGAAUAGAAGCAACGGCAGUUUUUUUUUUUUUUUUUUGAUCGUUAUUUUUUUGUAUCCCUCUGCUCACUGUUCAAUGUUUUUCGUGACCUCGUGGUGAACUGCUGGGGAAGGUUAAUGGUAACAACCUCCACCAGCGGAACAAGCUCAGACCAUCACAGAAGUUUCUAAGGGACUGUGUGUGCGUGUUAGUGUGUGUGUGUGUGCGCGUAAGUGUGUGUGUGUGUGUUUCUGUAGAAACUCAAUUCAAAUCCUACAGUAGACGUGAUGAAACGCUGAAGUUUAGACGGGUGACUGUUACCUGCCAGUGCAAGUGUUAACUUCCCAGCUUCUUUCCUUCUCAUUUUAGUUUUUUUAUUUUUAUUUUGCAUAUCAAGAAUAAUAGUCACAAUACCGCAAUAAGCAAAGCCCCGAAAGGGCUCGUAGUAGCUCUUAUUCAACCACCUUUCAUAUGUUGCACUGACAUUUGACUCUGUAUUGGACAAUCUGUCCAUAGACUCUCACCAUAUUUAUUAUUGUCAAGCCUUUGGAAUAGAAUCCUCGUGAAGGAGGACGGUACAGUCAAUGAGUUGUGAAUACAAUGUAGUAAAAUGCCAAGUUCUGACUGUUGGACGACUGUCCUCGCAAAUUUUUCGAGAUUUCCGAUAAUCAACGAUGUGUUAUUCAAAGCAUACAGGGCAGUCUGGUGAUGUUCUUAACCUGGAAGGCCAUAGACCUAGGGAAGGAAGAAACGUUAUUGUGGACUAGUUGUAUUAUGAUGCAGCAUUUUAAGUUUGAAACCUCCGCUGAAAACUUGUGGUCUGUUCAGAUUUUCCAAGUUCUUUUAAGGUCUUUUUUUUUUAUUGUUUCUAAACCACAGGUUUUAGGAAGAGUCGGUUCACUGAGUAAUUUGCUAUGCUAUAUUCCAGUUAGUACAUUGUAUACCCAUUUCUUAAUAUUGCAUUUACUAAUAUUGAACUGGGCAGUGCACCAUAAUGCUUUAGUUAUAUAUUAUUGUGUAAAUGAAAAAGAAUGUAAACAUGUACUGUCAAUAAUUAAUGAAUGGUAAAUGUUUUUUGUUUUUUUUCACGUCCCACUCAUUAUGCAUUCCCCAAAAAACGUGUUGCAUGUGUGCAUUUUAUUUGUGAAUAACUUGACCUGCUUUUUACAUAUUUAAUAAAAAAACAACUAUGUUAAGUGAGCUUUUUGUAUGUUUAACCUGCUAUUUGGAAGAUUCGGAUGAAUUUGCUGUAAUAAAAUUACGUUUCGAGUCCA